GGCUACCGGUGCGGCGGAGUAGAAGGCGACAUCAGCAGCGAAGACGGCUCGACGGCCACCUCUGCUCUCGCCGGAGUAGCUUGGUCAAUGGCUCCAAGAGUUUCCCCCAGAUACAACUUGAACGUGAAGAAGGCAGCUGAAAGCAAAAACAUAUCUCCUAAAGUUGGCUCGUCAAAAGAGGCUAACAAUCAAGAAAACGAAAGAGCCUCUUGGAACUCGCACUUAGAGAAGUCCCUUGUUGAUCUGCUACAUGAACACAACACCGCUCGCUACAGGGGUCAGAUUGGAUGGUCUUCUGAAGCUUGGAGCAAAAUUCUCAAGGAGUUUCAUGAAAGAAAUACGUAUGUGUCUUACACAAAGAGCCAAAUCAAAGAAAAAGAGAAGGAGCUGAAAAGACAGUAUAAAAUGCUCAAAGAUGCAAGGAUGCAAAGUGGAGUAGGAUGGAAUGAUACAAGGUCUAUGCUUGAAGCAGAAGAUGCUCUUUGGGACAACCUAGUCAUUUCAUUCCCAAAAAUCAAGAAGUUCAAAACUAAGUCCUUCCCUUUGUUUGAUGCAUUGGGAGAGUUGUACGAUGGGCAAAUAGCCGCAGGAACCUACAAUGUCAAUUCUACCCAGCCACCACAACAUCGAGAUCUUACACAAGUUGAUAAUAUAGAUGAGCUCAGUCACAUCGAGGGUACAUUUCCAGGCUUUGAAGAGAGUUGGGCUUACAAUGUACAAGAAGAUGCAAAUUUAAGAGACCACAUUACUAUCAAUGAUGAAGAUGAAAAUGUGGCAAGGACUUUACAGAGGAUAAAUAAGAGACCUCCUACUGCAACAAGGAACAAGGAAGAGAAAGAGAGUAAGAAGACAAAGAAGCAGAGUUCCAAUGACAUUGCAGGAAGUAUGGAGAGAUACAUUUUUAUGAGGGAAAAACAAAUUGAGAUAGAAUCUGCCCAGUUGGCUAGUAAAAGUAAGGUUGCUCAAGCUGGAGAUUACUCGAUCAAGAGAUGCAUCUCUGAAAUGAUGACAAUGGCAUUGUCAACUGAUGAGAAGGUCACAGCAGCUGAUGUAUUCAAGGAUCCAGAUAACAGAGAAAUCUUCUUGAGCUCAAAAGAAGAUGACCCCCGAGUGGCUCUGCUUUGGUUAAGGAAGGCAGUGGCCAAGCUGUCACAAGUGGUGUGAAGGUUAAAAUGCUGCAAGGAGGCUGUAGAUGGAGCACUUGCCAUGUGUUUGUCAUCAAGAACUUCUAAGAUGUUGUUGAGAUCCUAGUGCUUCCAUAGAUGAGCUUUGUUUUACUUGAUGUCUGGAAAUGUUGACUGUCACUCAAGUAGCAGCUAGGGAUGCAGAUCUGCGCCUGGAUCCAACCCGCUUGGUAGUCCAAAUGUUAGGUUAGUUGUAGCAUCUUUUGGCAAGUUAGUCUAGUUUGAAUUAGCCCCUGUUUAUGCAGGCUUGUACGGGGCGUCUGCUUGCAACCCGAGUAGCAGCUAUAUUUUGCCCAAAAGACUCCAUGUUACUUUGUGCGGAAACUAUGCAAUCCUUGUAAUUUAUUCUGCUAAUAACAGGCUGUUAAAUGUAACUGCGAUGCAAGACAUUCCUAAUCCUAAUAUUAUUAUAGUGCCAUUU